AUGCAGCAGAGUGGAGGGACACCGAGUUUUCUUAGGAAUUUUUUGGUAAAAUUGUGUUUAUUCUGUUUACUUGUCAUCGUUACUCGAUUUGCGUACGUCGUGACUCUCCGAGGGGAAUUAUGUGACCACGGAGACUUCUGUUUCUUCUCGUUGCCGGAAAAUAUCAAUGUUGUGGUGGGCAUCAGGAAACGGGCCAAACCCUCGUCGGCGAUUAUCUCCAUCAAUGGAAAGUCGGCGCCGUCUAUGCCCAAAAAGCUGCCGGAACUCUGGGCCACCGAGGGUUUCCAGAAGUCCGUUCGUUUCUAUUCCUCAAUCUUCCAAGAUCUGAUUUCUGAGGGAUUCUUGAGCCCUAGUUAUAAGAUCCUUUGCGUUGAAACACAGACAGGUGCUGACGUUUUUGCGUUGAAAGAGAUUGGGGUGGAGGAUUCGAUAGGGAUUUUCAAGAAAGCAUUCAAGCCCUUAGUAAUUUCAGGGCAGGGUUUUAAGCAGCCGUUCAAGAAUGAUACUUUCGAUUUUGUGUUUUCCGGUGGCGGUAUGAUUGAGAAGUCUUCGAAGUUGGUUGAUUUUGCAAUGGAGAUUUCCCGGACCCUGAAACCCGAAGGAUUUCUGGUGGUUCACACGGCCGCGAAAGAUGAGUACAGUCUCAAUUCAUUUCUUGAUUUGUUUCACUUUUGUAAAUUGGUAAAAACUAGGGAUAUCGAUGGGAUUGAUUCCAAUAUGCCAUUGAUUCGUGAAAUUGUCAUGAAAAAAGUGAGUGGAUAUGGAAAUAUCGAACAAAUUAUUGGCCAAGAGAUGGGAAGUCAGAGUGUUGAUUGCUCGGUUCCUGGGUAUAAGCAAGAAUUGGUCCAUAAAGCAGAGCCUCUAAUUGAGGAAGAACCAAAGAAGCCUUGGAUUACUUUGAAGAAGAAUUUACAGAACAUAAAGUACUUGCCAUCAAUGGCUGAUAUAAGUUUUAAACAGAGAUAUGUGUAUGUGGACGUUGGAGCUAGAAGCUACGGGUCAAGCAUUGUUAGUUGGUUUAAAAAGCAGUAUCCAAAGCAAAACAAGACUUUUGAAAUAUAUGCAAUUGAGGCCGAUAAGACUUUUUAUGAUGACUAUAAGUAUAAGAAAGGGGUCACUUUGUUGCCUUAUGCAGCAUGGGUGAGGAAUGAGACCCUGUUUUUCGAGAUUAACAAUCAAGACCCCAGUCAUAAAAAUGUGAAGAAAGGUAGAGGGAUGGGGAGGAUUCAACCGGUCCAGUCUUCAGGCAGUUCUAGCUCUUCUGGGGACGUGGAUGAGAUUCAGGGAUUUGAUUUGGCUGAAUGGUUGAAGAAUUCAGUCUCUGAGAGAGACUAUGUGGUUAUGAAGAUGGAUGUAGAAGGGACUGAAUUUGAUUUGAUUCCCAGGUUGUUUGAAACUGGAGCAAUAUGCUUGAUUGAUGAAAUUUUUCUUGAAUGCCAUUAUAAUAGGUGGCAGAAAUGUUGCCCGGGAGAGAGAACGAGUAAGUACCAGAGGACGUAUGGGCAAUGCUUUGAUCUUUUUACUUCUCUAAGAGAUAGUGGAGUCCUAGUGCAUCAAUGGUGGUGA